AGUCAGUGAAUGCAGUUUGUACUGCUGUGCUUUGGAAUUACAGCUAUGAACAUUCUGAGGGACUUAAAACAGAACUCGAAGCAAAGAAGGAAAGAUCAUAGGGUGGAAAAGAAAGAUUGCAUAGCCUCUUGAUACGCGACGGUCAAGAUCGUGUGAGCGCACAAGGAGGAAACGCAGGAGGAGAAGAGGAGGCGCACUGGAGGGACUUCACCCCAUCUUCUCAUCCUCAAUUCCUGAGAUUAGCCUCUGGUCCCCCAUCACUGGGGUCAUCAUUGGAACUGCGCCUCAUGACAGUGCACGGUGCUCCAAACAGGCUCUGUUCAGAAUGGCUCCACAGAGCGGGGAUUGUGUUAACCUGAGGAGGACCAUUCUCACACAAGGGUCUUAAGCGACUCAAGGACACGAGACUGAGCAGAUGAGGAAAUUUCCUCUGCAGUGACAGAUGAGACGACCAUACUCUCCCCGGCGUCAGCGGCGGCUCUGUUUGCCUCCCCAGACCUCGUAGCAGCCAUAACUCGACACGUCUCCAUCCUAGAGGGGCCAUUCUUGAAAGAGAGGAAGGUGUCUGAUGUGCCAAAACUUCUUGAACUCCUGAGAGGAGCCGUGGGAUUUGAACGGAUUGCAGGAUUGAUGAGAGAUUGUGAGCCGCUCUCCACAUCUCCACCUGGGCUACUUAAUCAGUUCCUCAUCUCAGUCUCUUGAACUCAGCUUAUGCUGAAUGACUUUAUGGUAUUAGGCGAAAAAAUCUCAUAUCGUUCACCAUAUAUCUAAAUCAGAUUUUAAACCAAGUCUUUCUCCGCAGUAAAUGUGGCAGGUGUUCUGGACCCGAGGAAGGAUUUACCGAGAAUAACGUGUAAGAUAAAGCGAAGUGAAUCUGAAGAGAAGUACUGAAUUAUUUGGGCAUUUAUGUCUGUAUGAGAGACUCAAAAGGCAGCAAUGAGUGAGGCCUUGUGCCGAGGGUUGACGGAAAAAGAGGCAGCUGGACAUUGCUGGACGGACAUGUGCCUGUGUUGAAGAGUGUAUUUGGGUGCGAAUGCAGGCGAGAGUUUGUUUGUGUGAUUGCCUCUUACAUCUGGCUAUUAUUGCGGUUCUCUCCUAUGUUUGUGUUGGAGCCGGCAGGGUCAACAUUAGAAGAGAGAGGGGCAGGAGGAGAGCACGAACAAAUAUUUGAAUGACACUUCUGCUUUUGUCACUGUAUUUUUGGCAUUGUGUCCCGGUGUACUUUUCUCUCUGAGAGCUUAAGCUUUGUAAAAACACGCUACUUUUGACCCAUCAAAAUGGAUUAUUAUAAGAAUCACAGCUUGUGAAGGGCUCUCCGAUGGAUCAUCGCUGUCCAGAAUUCCUUCUCCGCUGAGACUCUCCACACCACUCCAUAUCUGUGACUUUCAACGUGUCAUUCUGGGAGACAUCUACAAAUCCCCAGAGGACUGCAUUCACUGGUAACCACUGCGAUCCAUGGCAUCCCGUUCCUGACAAGGUCUGCUUAUUUCGGGGGUGCUAUAGGCAGCAGAAGGCAUCUCCAUGAGGAGCGGUAGAAGAUGCCGGAACUGCCAGCGCUCCUGCUGUCGAUUUACUUCCGCUUCCUGUUAGUUACCAUGCCGCCUUCUUCCCUAAGUCAGACCUCUGUUCUGUCAUCCGUACGGAUGGCGGCGAUUCUGGAUGACAGCUCUGUCUGUGGGCGAGGCGAGCGUUUAACGUUAGCAUUGGCACGUGAGAACAUUAACAGCAUGAUGGAGGGCUCAGCUCGAGCUCGCGUGGAGGUCGACAUCUUUGAUCUCCAGAAAGACUCUCAGUAUGAAACUACAGAUACCAUGUGCCAGAUUCUGCCAAAGGGUGUGGUCUCUGUGAUUGGCCCCGCCUCCAGUCCCGCCUCUGGUUCCAUAGUUAGUCACAUUUGUGGGGAAAAGGAGAUCCCGCAUGUUAAAAUUGGUCCAGAGGAAACUCCACGACUUCCUUACCUGCGGUUUGCAUCUGUGACUCUGUAUCCUAGCAACGAGGAUCUGAGCCUUGCCAUUGGAUCCAUCCUACGCUCCUUCAGCUACCCAUCGGCUAGCCUGGUCUGUGCUAAGGCUGAAUGUCUGCUGAGACUCGAGGAGCUGAUAAGGCGUUUUCUGAUCUCUCGCGAGACGCUGUCAAUCAGGAUGCUGGACGAUAACCUUGACCCCACGCCUCUGCUUAAGGAGAUUCGUGACGACAAAAUAGCUACAAUUAUUAUCGAUGCUAACGCGUCUAUAUCGUACCUUAUAUUGAAAAAGGCAUCGGAGUUGGGAAUGACAUCAGCAUUUUACAAGUACAUUCUCACCACUAUGGACUUUCCCUUACUAUGGUUAGAUGAUAUAGUAGAUGAUCAGUCAAACAUUGUGGGGUUCUCCAUGUUCAACACCUCCCAUCCAUUUUACCUGGAGUUUAUCAGGAGCCUUAACCUGUCCUGGAGAGAGGGCUGUGAUAUCAACCCAUAUCGAGGACCAGCGCUGUCGGCGGCCCUGCUGUUUGAUGCCGUGCACGUGGUGGUGAGCGCAGUGCAAGAAUUGAACCGCAGUCAGGAGAUCGGCGUCAAACCUCUGAGCUGCACGUCUCCUCAGAUCUGGCAGCACGGAACCAGCCUCAUGAACUAUUUGCGGAUGGUGGAGUAUGAUGGAUUGACAGGUCGGGUUGAGUUCAACAGCAAAGGCCAGAGGACUAAUUACACCCUCCACAUCUUGGAGAAGCACAGAAGAGGCCACAAAGAGAUUGGGAUCUGGUACUCCAAUAAUACUCUGCUAAUGAACUCCUCCAGUCUGGAUAUCAAUGUUUCAGAGACUUUGGCUAACAAGAGCCUCAUCGUCACCACAAUACUGGAAAACCCAUAUGUGAUGAGAAAAGUAAAUUACCAGGAGUUUGAGGGGAACCAUCAGUAUGAAGGUUUUUGUGUAGACAUGUUAAGAGAGCUGUCUGACAUCCUUAAAUUCACCUACCGCAUAAAACUGGUGGAUGAUGGUCUGUACGGAGCACCUGAACCCAACGGCUCAUGGACAGGGAUGGUGGGCGAGCUGAUCAACAGGAAAGCUGAUUUGGCAGCUGCUUCUUUUACCAUCACAUCGGAGAGAGAGAAAGUCAUCGACUUCUCAAAACCAUUUAUGACCUUGGGCAUCAGUAUUCUCUACAGGGUUCAUAUAGGCAGGAAGCCAGGUUAUUUCUCCUUCCUGGAUCCCUUCUCACCGGCUGUUUGGCUCUUCAUGCUGCUGGCCUACCUUGCUGUCAGCUGUGUGCUUUUUCUUUCUGCGAGAUUGAGUCCGUAUGAAUGGUACAAUCCUCACCCAUGCCUACGUGAGCGCAGAGACCUGCUGGAGAAUCAAUAUACGCUGGGAAACAGCCUGUGGUUUCCUGUUGGGGGUUUUAUGCAGCAGGGAUCAGAGAUCAUGCCCCGAGCUCUCUCCACACGCUGCGUCAGCGGGGUCUGGUGGGCUUUUACUCUUAUAAUCAUCUCCUCAUACACAGCAAAUCUUGCUGCUUUUUUGACCGUGCAGAGAAUGGAGGUGCCCAUCAAUUCACCUGAUGACCUGGCCGAUCAAACCAAUAUUCAGUAUGGCACCAUUCAUGGUGGAAGCACUAUGACAUUUUUUAUGAACUCUCGAUAUCAAACGUAUCAGCGGAUGUGGAACUACAUGUACUCUAAGCAGCCCAGUGUGUUUGUCAAGAGCACAGAAGAAGGCAUUGCUCGAGUCCUAAACUCCAAAUAUGCUUUCCUCCUCGAGAGCACGAUGAAUGAGUAUCAUCGCAGCCUCAACUGCAACCUCACCCAGAUCGGGGGCCUGCUGGACACCAAGGGUUACGGCAUCGGCAUGCCUCUGGGUUCUCCUUUCAGAGAUGAGAUCAGCCUGGCCGUGUUACAGCUGCAGGAAAAUAACAGGUUGGAGAUCCUGAAGAGAAGAUGGUGGGAGGGAGGGCAGUGUCCCAAAGAAGAGGACCACCGUGCCAAAGGUCUUGGGAUGGAGAACAUCGGGGGUAUAUUUGUGGUGUUGAUCUGUGGGCUGAUUAUUGCCGUGUUUGUGGCUGUGAUGGAGUUUGUCUGGUCCACACGCCGAUCAGCUGAAACAGACGAGGUGUCCGUGUGCCAGGAGAUGUUGACAGAAUUUCGAAACGCUGUCUCUUGCAAGAAAAGUUCCCGUCUGCGCCGCCGUCGUCCGCUCUCCAGCUCUUUGGCCCUUCGUCACCCCACUCGCAUCACGUUAGGGGCUCCCCGGCCUCUGCGCCUUGUCAGAGAGAUGCGCCUCAGCAACGGAAAGCUCUACAGCGGCACCGGACCCCUAACAGGAAGUUCAGGGGCCGGACCCUCAGACAUGGGCCCCGGCCCUCAACGUCUCCUGGAGGACCCAUUGGGUGCCAACAGCACCCCUACAGUGGCGCUAGGUCCACCCUCAGUGACAGUGCCUCUGCCACGAGGCUGUACUCACGUGCGCAUCUGCCAGGAGUGCAGGCGCAUCCAGAGCCUUCGCACAACCUCCUGCACACGCAUCCCGCCCUCCUCAGCCCCCUUGCCACGCCUGGCCCCGCCCCCUUCACACUCAUCAUCCAAUACAGACAGCGAAGGAGGAGGUGGGCCCAGCCCGUGCCGGAUAGGCCACUCCCCACUGGCGAAAGGCUGCACUUUACCGCCACCUCAGUCUAGCAUCAACACAGACCUACUAGGAGAUCAAAAAUGAGAGACAAAUAUUGAGAAAGCUAGAGGGAGAGAAAGAAUGGCCUAAAGUGGGAUCAUUUUAUGCCCUUGUUUAUAAUCAUGAAAUAGGCUUGGAAUAUUGUCAUUUUCUUUUCAAUUCCAGCCAUUGGUGUCAUAUAAAUAAAUAUUUUUUUGUACUACUGAAGUGUGUAUUAUAACACCCCAGACUGUCUGGAUUAAUUUUGUAAAAUGCAAUAGUAAAGAUCAGUAUGAGAUAUAGGCAUCUGGAUUUGGUGAAGGCUACCGAGAGGCUACCUACUUCCUCAGCAGACAGAACAGAGAUUUUCUCUCCCUUUGGACCAACUGUGUUGUGAUCCGGGUCCGUCAAUGGCUCUCCAUCCCUCUCAGACUGAACUCUCUCUCUCUCUCUCUCUCUGGUAGGAGGGAGGUCACACAUUGGAAGUAGCACAGAGACUCUCUUUUGGAUGUCAUUGUCUUAAUGAUGCCAUUAAGAUCCGAGCCAGACAGCAGCAGAAUGAGAGCACACUCUUUUAAUGGUGGACAAUGUAAAAGUUGUUAAUUAAAAGAUAUUCUAAACAGAUAUUCUUACUUUUCUGUACUAUACUUAUUUUUAAAUUUGCUGUCUGUGUAAUUUAAUUCUGGGGUUGUGAUGUCUGGAUUGGAAAUUAAAAAUAGAGAUACUUUAUUGAUACCGACCAAGGAGAUCAACUCUGAAUAUGACCGAAUAUGUAUGUUAUCAGAAUUAAAGAGCUGUGUGUUCAUUAAAAUGUGGACUUUGAUCUAGAUCAAACUGAUAAUUUAAAUACUAUCACAAGAGUGUUAAAAGUGUUCCUUACAUCACACACCAUAAACCAAAUGUUCACAUGUAAACUUUUCCAUUUACCAGAGAACAGAAAGCAAUUUUAUGGACACGAUGA